UCGCGCUGCACGAAUCAGAUUAGAGCUGCCCCCGGCACCCUCCCCCGCUCUCGCCGCCAAUCCAUCGCCCAAACUCGACGCCGGCCAUUCCCAUGUCUCUCGGCCGCUUCGGCCGCGCACGCUCGUCGCUCUUCCUUAUCCAGCCCUUCACCACCACCACAGCAGCCGCCUCCCCAUCCACGCACGCCCCCUCCUCCGUGUCAUUCCUCGCCCACCACCUGCUCGACGAAUUCUCCCGCCCGCGCUCCACCCGCGACGCGGUCCGCCUCCGCCGCCUCGCCGCGCAUCUCUCGCCGCCCGCCGCGGAGUCUGUCAUCCUCCGCCUCCCAUCCUGGCGUCAUGCUCUAGACUUCUUCCGCUGGGCCGCCGAGCAGCCGGGCUUCCGCCACUCCUGCUACUCCCUCAACGCCAUGGCAUCCAUCCUGCCCCCACACCAGCGCGCGCACCUUGACCGCCUUGCCGGCGAAGCUGUCUCCUCGCGCUGCCCCAUGACACCCGGGGCGCUGGGGUUCCUCCUACGCCGCCUUGGCGCCGCUGGCCUCCCCGACACUGCCGCCCGCGUCUUUGAUGCGGCGAGGACUACACUCAGCUGCACCCCGAACUCAUACACGUACAGCUGCCUCCUCAACGCGCUCGCCAAGGCUGGUCGCGCGGAUGAUGUUGAGGUGAGGUUGCGCGAGAUGGUAGCGAGGUGCGGUGAUGAGAGCGUUGACAGGUACACGCUCACCUCACUCCUGCAGUGCUAUUGCAACGCGGGCCGUCCUGACGAGGCAAACACCGUGUUCCAGAGGAUGAGUGACAGGGGAUGGGUUGAUGAACACGUACUGACGAUGCUUGUGGUGGCGUUCAGCAAGUGGGGGAAGGUAGAUAGCGCAGUUGAGCUGGUUGGGAGGAUGGAGGCACUGGGGAUGAUGCCAAGUGAGAAGACAUUGAGUGUUCUGGUCCAUGGGUUUUCCAAGCAGGGCAGGGUCGACAUGGCCAUGGAGAUGUUUGACAAGAUGGCCAGAUAUGGAUUCCGUGUGGAUUUGGCGAUGUACAGUGUGUUAAUUGAGGGUCUGUGUCAGGGAAACAAGAUUGGGAAGGCAGUGCACUUGUUUGAGGAAAUGAAGAGGAAUGGGGUCGUUCCUGAUGUCCGUUUACUCAAAAAGAUAAUUGAGACAUUCUGUAGUGAAGGACAUUUCACUACUGUAUUUCCAUUCAUCAAUGGAAAUGCAGAGCAUCUGAAACCCGGUACUGUUGUCUCAAUAUAUAACGUAGUUCUAGAAGGGUUUGUUAAUAGUGGAGACAUAGAAGCAGCUUAUCAGUUGCUCAGGUCCAUGAUGCAUGGUGGUCAAAGGGUUAGUAAUGAUAACACUAGUGGUUUGCAUCCGUUUGUUAUCAGUGAAGGUGUUAAACCGAACUGUGAUUCGUUUAACAUUGUUGUGUGCGGCCUUUGUAAGUUUAAGAAACUGGAUCUGGCUUUGGCUCUCACCAAGGAAAUGAUUGGGCUCAAUUGCAAGGGAAAGCUUUUGAUGUUUAAUGAUUUGAUACUUGAAUUGUGCAAAUCAGAUAGACUUGAUGAAGCAUAUCAGAUGUUUAACAAAAUGAAGGAUCUUGGUUUGAAACCCUCGGAGUUCACAUACAAUUCUUUGUUUUAUGGCAUUUCUAGAAGAAAAGACCCUAGUGCUGCCAUUGAUCAACUGAGGGAGAUGCGGACAAAUGGGCACAAACCAUGGAUUAAGAACUGCACAGAGAUGGUGCAGCAGCUUUGCUUCAGUGGCAGGAUAACAGAAGCCUUGCAAUUUCUUGAUGAAAUGCCUAAAAUGGGUUUUCUUCCUGACAUUGUCACAUACUCUGCAGCCAUGAAUGGAAUGUGUAAAAUUGGAGAGAUAGACAAUGCACUGGAGCUUUUCCGUGACAUUUCAUCCAAAUAUUAUCUUCCUGAUGUGGUAGCACAUAAUAUCUUGAUAAACGGAUUCCGUAAAUCAGGUAAAUUUGAUGAGGCACAAGAAAUUAUGGAAGAAAUGUUGAGUAAGGGUCUGUUUCCUUCUGUAGUUACCUACAAUCUUAUGAUUGAUAUUUGGAGCAAGUCGGGCAGGAUUGACAAAGCAAUCGCUUGCUUAAAUAAAAUGAGUGAUGAAGAGAAGCCACCAACGGUUGUUACAUAUACAAGCUUGAUAGAUGGACUUUGUAGUGCUGGAAGACCUGAUGAAGCCAUUGUUUUGUGGUGCAAAAUGAGGGAAAACAGUUGCGCUCCAAAUGACAUAGCAUAUACUGCUUUUGUAAAUGGAUUGUGCAAGUGUGAUCGAAUGGAGACUGCACUGAGGUACUAUGAAGAGAUGAAGAUGAAAGGUUAUGACUUAGAUAUUUUUUCCCUAUUACAUUUCAUAAAUUUUUUGAUAUCACAUGGACAUGCCAGCAAAGGAUGUGAUCUUUUAAAAGAAGUUCUCCAAAAAGAUGUGCACAGUAGUAAUAUGAAAAUGACAGGCUUUAUAAAUAAAGCAGUUGAGGAGCUGUCUAAAGAUGGAAGGAUAUCUUCAGAUAUCAAAAUACUUGUAGAUAAGUAUUUAGUUUCAGGGGAUCAAACUACACACAAUGAAGAUGGAAGCAAAUGAGAUCUGUUGCUGAAAUAUAUGUUGAAUUUCUGAAUCCAGCUAUCAAACAUUUGUUCAGGUGGUAAUAGUUUUAGAAUAUAUGUUGAAUUUCUGAAUCCAGCUAUCAAACAUUUGUUCAGGUGGUAAUAGUUUUAGAAUAUAUGUUGAAUUUCUGAAUCCAGCUAUCAAACAUUUGUUCAGGUGGUAAUAGUUUUAGAAUAUAACAAAAUGUCUAACCUGUACAUGUAUUUGGGUAAAUUCCGAGUGUGUCACCACUUACCAAAGCUUUGAUAUCCCACCACGCGAAGGUCAGUAAGCUCCUCUAUCAGUAGUAGUGUUUUUAAAAAAUCUGAUAGAGAACCACUUUGUCUUGGUAAAUAGUAGAUAUACUUAUAUUUCUGAUUUAAUACGUGACCAUUUGUACGCACUAUCUCAACCUUGAAUCUUGUGGGAAAAAAAACUGGUGCUUGAUAUGUGAAAGUGCAGCUCCUCUUGCUCCUGGAUACUUCUUGGACUGCUGAUACGAUUGCUGAAUCACUAGGGAUGUACCUGCAUUUGUCAUUUUUUUCUGAUUAGGCCAAACAUGAUCUGCAGUUAAACAUGGGAUGGUGCCCUCAUAACCUCCUCUUUUCUGUGAUAACAUUCUGCUUUUCGGAAGUACUAAAAAUAAAACAAAACCUUUUGAGGUUUUGUUUGUUUCUCAUUCCCAUGCCUUUUGAUAUAUAUUAUUUGCCCCUGGGGCACAUCGAUCUACAUGAGGUGCUGUUGUGGUUCUAGUCUGUUACAUAUGCCAUUUUUGGAGCUAUCCAAAGUUCCUUAUUUUACCAUAACCCCUGGAAUGUUUUCAGUAUUGAGUGAUUUUCAUGUGGGCAGUUUGGUUCUGCAGCCUCCCUGUUUUGCAUGUGUUCUCAAUGUUCAGAGUUUUUGCUAUUUCUGAAUGAAUUGCACACUGAUUUCAUCCUUUUUACUUUGAAGGACAUCGAUCUUAUCUUAGAUCUGUUCUCCUGUUGUACAAGGGUGCUUUAUCUAAAUUGUUUCUUUGAGCCUCAUAUGUGUUGACCAGUUGCUGCUGCUGCUUGCAAUCUGAAAGACUGGAACUCUGAAAGAGAUGAGACAUGGAGUUUUAGAAAGGAGAUUUGAAUUCAUGCUAUAAUUGAUAUACU